AUAAAAGCUACCCGGCAUCCGUACUUUGAUGACGUUGCGACCAAACAUGGCGGAAUGAGCAAAAUUUGAAAACACAACAAAAGUUGUUUGUGAAAAACAUGAACAAACUGUGAAUAUAACGUAUCAGCCGGGCUGUCCUAAACCACGAAGCAACCACUGCUCGGUUAUUACAACAAUGUUCAGCAGAGGUUCCGCCGUUAAUGCAGUUUCAGUGAACGAUGUCAGAGCCGGAGACGCAUGUUGUUGCUCCUGAGUUCACUGAGCUGUGGAGGAGUGUUUCCAAACUGAGCCGCAACAAAGUACAAGACAACACAACAGGACAACACAUGGCUGCUACAUCAGCAUCGGUCCUGUGUAAAGAUUGGCAGAGUCCUAAGCGCAGAGAUUGCAGCAGAUACCCCGGCCUGAAUAAUGGGGAUUCUCCAGGUGAUGUGGAACCAACACAAGACAUUUUCUGGGAUCCCACAUCGCCCACAGCUAGUACUGGGUCGGGGCUCAGGAACACAAGAGUUGUGGAAAUAUCAGAUAUUGUCAACCGCAUCGCUCCAAAGGAUGUGAAACGAAAGGGGACUGACUCCCCUCUGCUGCAGUGGAUAGGGGACAGUGCCGUCCCUUGCACACCCGACAUCCGAAAGCCAAGAGUCAGGAAGAAGUCAUCUCGGCAGAGCAGCGUCGACCUCGUGAAGCUGGCCAGACAGUUUGACGAAAACAUGCAGCAAGACAGGGAGACUUCCGAACGGCUUAACACGGUCAACAAUAACCUCAAUGAAUGUGUGAACACUUCCAAAACUAAAGUGUCAGAGACAUCAUUCCCCAACAAUGUGAAGGACCUGAAGUGUCCGUCCUCAUCGGAGCAUGUGGAGGCCGAGCUGCACGCUCUGUUUGACUGCUCCACUCAGAGAGUCAGCGGCCGGCUGAGCCAGGGCUCCUCAGCAUCGCCAGAAAUAAAACGCCAACCUUUGACCUCGGCUUUAGCCGAACCCGGACAAUUAGCCCUCAAGUCAGCUGACAGGCCUGGCCCAGCUGCACAUGAAGAAAAUGGAUUCGUGGUAUUAGUGCGAACAAUUGUGACGACUUUGAAGACGACUGGGAGAAUGAUGACCUCCUUAACGACUCUUUUGUGCUGGCGAUGAACCAGAAUCCGGACACUAACCCUAAAAGCACCUUGCAGUCCAACACUAAGACAAACACUUCUCAGUUCACCUCUGUUUGCAAGCCCUCUGCAAACAGGAGCUCUGCACAUCAGUCUUCACACUUGCACUCAGACACUCGCUGCAGUGCUCUCCAGGAACAUGUGUCCCAAGCCAAAGACUACCAACCGAAGCACUUUCAAGUUAGAGCCCAACCCUUACUUCCAGCACAAGACGGCUGCCAACGAGGUUUCCAAGUCUAGCUUCACGGUUCUACAACCUAAGUCCAAGACGUGUGAGCAGAAAGCUGCCGGCACAAAGACACUGUCUAUUCCUAUUCCUGACAAGAUCACUAAAUAUCAGAAGGGGACUGGUGUAGCGGCAGACUCUGUUAAAGACAUUGCAGACAGCUUAUGGGACGAUGGGGACGAUGACGCGCUGCUCUACCAGGUAUGUGACAGCGUGGAGAGGAUCUCCAACAGUCAGCCGCAGCAAACCAGCCUCAGAAACUGCCAAGACGAACAAGAAAUUGCUGCAGAAAGACAGCGAAAAACCCCAACGCGCUUGCCAAUUGACUCGUCCCGGCUCAUGGACGCCGAUGCCAGUGCUAAUAGACAGUCGGCAUGUGCUUUUGUUCGCUCUAACUCAUUACCGGCGACUAGCAGUGAAACUGUGAACUACCAAGGAUGGAACGUUCCCAUGAAAGAUGCCAACAACAAAUCACAGAUGUCUCAGAGCCUCCCAGGAAGCCGUGUGAGUCUGGGCACAUUUAACCAGCGCAGGGAUUCCUCUGGAACUUUCCAGACUGGGAAUGUGCAUAUGAAGCCAUAUACAGUGACAGCCAGGACACCGCAGAACUGCAAGUCCCAUUACACAGCCUUCAAGAGAAAUGUCUCCGACUCGGCAGCUAUAAGCAACAAAGUUUUCGUCACAAGCCAGAUGACAUUGAAGUGCUCUGCAGCCGAGAUCGAGAGGAAGAAGCAGGAGGCGUUGGCCAGGAGGCGACUGCGGAUGCAGAACGCCUCAAAACCAUAAAGGAGCUUCGUCCCGACUGAAGGGAUAUUAUUUUACCAGCCUGCACAGAAACACCAGUGGCUCAGCCGCCUCCUCACUUAUGAUAACGUCUAAGAUGGUAUCAUGUUCGUAUUAAUAGUUCAGUGUUAAAGAUUUAUUACAGAAAGGACCUCUGUGUCUAUUCAAAAGAAAUGUGUCCGUUUGGGCGUUUUAGCUGCAGAUGUGGAAACGUGCUUAUGAGAAGCCGGUUUUACGCACAGAUAGUUUUAAGUCUCAGAUCCGCUGCUGAGGUCACAAUAAGAGAUUCUUCUCACAAACUGACUCAGAAACAGUUCUGUUUGAACAUUGUCAUGUAAUCUCUCUGCACAUAUUGUUUGCUGAUGUUUGCUUUUGUUUAAAAUGAGUAAAUAGUUGCAUCUGUGUUUCUUCUCUCACUGCAACACUACGGGCUGACAGACGUUAAAACACAGCGUGGUGAUGUAUCAGACAUCUGCAAUGUGCAGGAACUGAUGUGUUCUCUGUGUGUGUGUGUGUGUGUGUGUGUUUGCUACAACAGAUUAUGUGCCACAAUAUUCGGCACGUAUCAAAGCUUUGUAAUAAUAAAAAAUAUUGCUUUAGUUUUAGUGUUGUACCACAAUCUGAAACCUUUCUUCGGGGCCAAACUACAAAUGAAUAACAUGUCAGAUUUGAGUUUUCCUCCACAUUUGGCUCGUGCAUGUUACAUCGUUUAUCCUUUUUACUUUUGCACAGAAUGAAGUGUCCUACUGUAACGACAGUGUUGUGGUCCUCCCAUGCACUACGCACCUGAAGACGAUGGCCUCACCUCAGUUCCUUGAAGUUUUGAUCAGCUGUGUUAUGAGUGUACACCUGUAGUAGACGGGUGAGACAACUAUCAGAUUCAAAUGUUGGCGUCCUCUUUGUUUCUGCCUCAGUGCCUUCUAUGACUUGACUCCAGCCCCCGUUACUUCACAACAACAUGAUGGACUUGGCUGCACACACAUAACUUAUGUCAUUAUGUUUAUGUCUUGUAUGAUCACAUACUAUUACUAUUUGUUAUGUUUUUGCUCUAACCUGCCAAACCUAAAACAAAGGAAUAAACAUUUCAGACUGAAUAAA